CGCGGCCACUGUGUCGCGACAACGCUAACACUUGGGCAAAUCGUGAUGGAGAAGUUGACGAUGCUGUUGCUUAUGUUGAUUCAUGGACAUUAUGCUUCUGAAGAUUCUUGUGCGGCGUUGAACCCGUCUGAAACCAGGCUCACCCUAAAGGUUUACAAAAACAUCACUGGUCACUGGGUCACCCAGGUGACCCUGGCGCGCGGGCCCGCCAGCAGCCAGGCGGGCGGAGAGCUCGAGCUGUGGGACGUGGACGUGUUGCAGACCGCGACCCCGUGCGAGGCCGGCGAUGCAGUCUCCGUCGUCACCACCGUGUCGUCCCCGCCCCGGCGCGCCGGCCCCGGCUACGAGCUGUUCCCGGGCCUCGGCCACUACAAGCUGCACACGGCGCCGCUCGACUGGAAGCAGGCGCGCGCCAAGUGCGCCGAGGAAGGCGCGCACCUCGCCGUCGUCAACUCGGAGGCCGAGUCCGCCGUGCUGCGGCAGCUGCUGGCCCAGCACCCGCAUGUGGCGGGCUCCGACAGCCAGAACUACGCCUACAUCGGCUUCCACGACCGCUACGUCGAGGGCCAGUACGUCACGGUCCUCGGCACGCCCCUGGAGGCGGCGGGGUUCGCGCGCUGGGCGGGCCCCACGCAGCCCGACAACGCCGGCGGCGGCGCGGGCAAGGUCGGCGAGGACUGCGGCUCGCUGCACCGCAACGGCGGCCUCAACGACAUCACGUGCAGCCACAAGCUGCCCUUCUUCUGCGAGCAGGAGCUCUGGUAGCGACGACCCUUUCCCUUUCGUCUGGAGUCGACACGCCGGUGUUCCCUGGCAAAAUGAUGCGGUGUGAAAAUAUUUUUGAUUGUACGUUCACCCAAGCAAAGAACAUAACAGUGCUUUAAAGAUGCCCUUUUGAAGAUCCCACUCCUGGCCAUCCUACCUCCCACGGUCAGCGCUUGGUCUGGGUCGCUCAGACCAGUUGCUUUUUAUCACAUAUUAUUACGAAUUUAAUACGCUUAUUAUCUUCAUUAUUCGCUCCCAGAUCAAAUUCACAAUUGUGGUGUACUAGAUGAUAAUAUACUCUAAUAUAUAUACCUAUACAUAUUUAAAUUCUUAAAUUCUAUGGUUGCUUAAAAAUAACUUAAAAGAAUACUCAGCAUCCGGGGGCGUAGUGUACCUGUCAAUGUUUAUUCCACUCAGUUAUCGGCUUUCAAGCUCCAUAUUAUUUACGUGGUUAAUUUUUUCCUCUUAAUACAGCUCUUUACUGGGUGAUCUUUAAUGUAUCAUCCAUACAUGAAUCAUUUUUUUUAAACUUCAUCCCAGCUUUGUAUGUCCUUUCAUAGGUUUGUAAGCUCCUUAGAACCGCGGUUGUACGAAAUUACAUCGUCGUGCACACCAAAGAGAUAAAAACGCUCCCUCGUGCUAGAACGAGGACGCAGAGGGUUCAUGAGUUUGGUUUUGACCUAAGUAACAGUGUAGCAAAGUACAGAACGUAGUGUGCAUGUAAGCGUUCGUGGAGAGGAAUUAAGUAUAAACAAAAUUCCAACUACAGGUUAAUAAAAAAAAUGGUAAUCGGGUAAUCACUAGGUCUAACAAGCUCGCAUUAAGAAUCACUAUUGUAUGUACACGUUUCGACAUUACGCUCAUACAAAUGAUCAAUUAAGCUAUACGAUCGUAUAUAAAUAGAUCGAAUAUCAAGAAGACAAAAAAAAAGAGCAUCAAUAAGUAGUAUAGCCUAUAAUAGUUCCUCCUGCGCCAGGGUUCAGGGUGUGGUGCCUGGUGCCGGUCCGCCAUCUUGGAUUUUGACGUCCCGGCGGCCAUCUUGGAUGACCUUGACCAUGAACUUUGACCUUGACAUUUGACCUUCAAAAUUUUCCAAAAAUUUCCAAAAUUUACCCAAAAAUCACCAAAAUUUCCAUUUUUUUUGGAAAAAAAAAAAAUCCUACCAAAAAUACUCUAAAAAAUUCCACAAUUCGAAAAUUAGGAUUUCGAAAAACCUGAAAUUAAAUUUUCCUUAGAAAGAACACGUAUUCCAUAUAUAGGCUUAAGCAUUCAUGUCUACAACCUCCUUUAAGCAUCUGACAUAAUCAUGCAUUAUGACGUCACCGUUGCAAUUUAAGUUACGUCUGCUAUCUUGAAAAUCUGUAAUUUUUAUGUUAGAAAAUUGGGAAAACUUUAAAAAAUCAUAAAAAAAUAAAAAAUCGAAUUGAAUAAUAAAAAUCUAAUAAAAAAAUUAUCAAAAAAAUUAAAAGUACACUUACGCCAUGGAGCUCAAAGUCCUCGGUUCGAACUCAGCGAGGCCAAAAAAAAAAUUAAGUCAGGUCUUUCCUCCACGGAAGCCACCAGCAGACUGACCUCCCACCACUUAUGUCCAGUCAUCGUCAUCUAGUACGACGUCAUGUCCGCCAUCUUGAAAAUACAUAAUUCUAAUGUUAGAAAACCAGGAAAAAUUUUUAAAAUUAUAAAAAAAUAUUAAUUAAAUUUAAUAAAAUAUUACUUAAAAACCACCGUUGUACAUAUCGUUACGGUCGCCAUCUUGGAUUAUAUAAAUAUUGCAUGUUUCGUUACGCCCACCAUCAUGGUUGAGUAUGAUGUCAUCGUUACACUUUUUUAUGGCCGCCAUAUUGAAUUCUAUUAAUGUUGCAUGUUUCGUUACGGCCGCUAUCUUGAAAAUCCACAAAUUUAAUGCUAGAAAUUCCGAAAAAAUUCCAAAAAAUAUUUUAAUAAAUGCCUACAUCAAAUGUUUAGUUACUUAAACGAUUUGAUCCUCGGUUCGAUUCCCGGUUUGAGUAAACCAGUAAUUUAUUAAUAUAUAAAAAAAAUUCUCAAUAAAAAGUAAUAGAAACAUCUUACGACACACCCGACAUUUUGAAUUAUGUCACCACUAUAUCAAUUAUCGUUUAUAAUGCCAUCAUGAAAAUAUAUAUUUAUUAUCCGAUUUUAAUGAAAAAAGUUCAAAAUUCACCAAAAAAUAACUUAUUAAUUUACUGAUUGAUUACAACGAUUCCCGUCCUUGGUUCGAAACCGGUAAGAGCAAAAAAUAAAAAAAACGACAGAUCCUUCCUCCAUGGAAGUCACCUGCAGACUGACCUCCCACCACCAAUACCAAGGUAUAUAUCGUCAGCUGGUAAGAUGUUAUGUCCGCCAUCUUGUCUUCGUCGGCUGGAGGCUACAAUCUUGUUUUCGUCUGCAAGAGCGUGCUGAUGCCAUGUUAGUGUAAUUUCCUCUUCACCAUACAUUUGACCUCGACUGUUGGCAUUGAACUUUGACCUUGAAUUUGAACUUUGACCUUUCCCUUAAAAUUUGACCUUGACCUUAAACUUUUACAUUGAAAUUGAAAUUUGACAUUGAUAUUGAACUUUGACUUUGACCCUGACGACCAUUAUGGAUCCAACAUUUUGUUUUCAGUACACGCUACCAGGAGCUACCACCUGCUAGAGGACAUUGCCAUUAUCUGGUUUUCGUCUGCUGGAGGACACCAUCUUGUGUGUGUACUCGUCUUUAGAGUGCAAUACCAUCAUGCUAGUUUUAUUUUAACCCGCUAGAGUGCAGUAAUAAUUAAUUAUUACUGAGGUGCCCGCCGUAUUGAAAUUCAGGCGCCAUCUGGGAAUCGUUUAAUUAUUUAACUAGAGAUUCGGGAAAAAAAAAAUCAAAAAUUCAUCAAAAAUUCACUCAUUAAAGUAAUGAUUUAUUCGAAACGGUUCGGUCCAUGGACGAUAUAAAAUUAAUAUAAUAUAACAUCUAUUUAGCAUAAUAGUGACAGGUUCGAGAAAUAAAACACAGCAUUUUUUUUACAAACGUAAUAUUUAUUACUUAAUUUCUAUUCUACUAUAGGAUCACCCUGCGAAGGUAAGCAAUUUUAUAAACAUUUCGGUCUGCUUAGGCGUGUAAUGGCUAAUUCUUAACUCCAAUCGGUUUAUACUAGACAGAGACCAGCCAGAACCUAUAAUGACAUAGUCCUCCUCUUCUGGACACCAUGUUUAACAGUUGGCUUCACGUCGUCAGAGCUGUAAAUUAUUGCAGCCGAUGUCUUGAAUGCACACUUCUUCACUUUGUCAUCGAACGGAUACGGCUUUCCAUAUAUACAGUCCAACCACAAUUUAUAAUUUAAAGGAACGUUUCUUGCUACGUCAUGAGUAAGCUGAUUUAUAAUAUUCUGCCUGAUACCGCUAAGGAAAAUAAAAAUGUCUUUGGCUCCAAAUGCUCAAUAGGCUCCAAAUGCUCAAUAGGCUCCAAAUGCUAAAUCAGCUCCAAAUGCUCCAAAUGCUCCAACAGCUCCGAAGCUCCAACAGCUCCAAAGCUCCAAAGUUCCAACAGCUAUAAAGCUCCAAAGCUCCAACAGCUCCAAAGCUCCAAAAGCUCCAAAGCCCCAACAGCUCCAAAGCUCCAACAGCUCCAAAGCUCCAACAGAUCUGAAGCUCCAACAGCUCGAACGCUCCAAAGCUCCAACAGCUCCUAUGUUCCAAUAGUCAUUGACUCCAUCAGUCUAUGACUCCAACAUUCUUUUGGCUUCAAAGCUCCGAUAGCUCCAAAGCCCCAACAGCUCUAAAGCUCCAAAGCUCCAAAGCUCCAACAUCUCCAACAUUUCUAACGCUCCAAAGCUCCAUCAGCUCCAAAGCUCCAACAGCUCCAAAGCUCCAAAGCCCUAAAAUACCAUUAGUCAUUGGCUCCAUUAGUCUAUGACUCCAACAGUCUUUUGGCUCCAAAGCUACAAUUGCUACAAGAGAUCCAAAGUUCUAAUUGUUCCAAGUGCUCCAAUUUCUCGAAGUGCUCCAUCUACACCAUCUACUCCAACUGAUUUAAAAUUCUUUUUUUUUAUCGAACUUGUCAUGAUUACUUGCAGGACUUUAUUAGUAUACAUUUGGUCUGUCAAUGUUAACGAUUUUUACACCUUUAAGUUAUAAGUUUUAUUUGGAAAUCAGAUUUCGAGAAAUGAUAAAAUACAUUCGAAAAAAAAUUUUUUUCUUCAAGUUUAUACACAUACAUUUAAAUUCCCUUAUAUUUUGAGUAUGAAGGAUAUUUCUUUGAUGCUCAAAUAGUUUCCUGCACAAAGCGAUCCAUGUAGAAGUCGUAGCCUGCCAACCAAUAUGUUAGGAUCUUCCCAUGAGGUAUAAUCAACCUCUUCUGCUACGUUCAUCUUCCUUGCAUGUUUACAAUAAAUAUUAUGAUCUCUGGUGUCUUCCGUUUUAACACCAACCACAAUGUUACUUUCAUCAUCGAGCCAGUGAUCAUCACAAGCUUGAUCAGGAUAAUUUAUUUUAUUACGACGUUUCCAUCGUUUUGGUCUCAGGCCACUAUCACAGUCUUCGAUAUUGCCUGCUUUAGGUGCUUCAGCACAGUACUCAAUCAUGUCAGCCUUAGAUAUGUAAGCACAGUCCUCGAUCGUGUUAGCCUCAGAUGUGUCACCACAGUCUUCAAUCAUGUCAGCUUGAGAUGAUUCAUCACAGACUUCAUCCUUGACAGCUUCAGGUUAUUCUCCGUCGUUCACAUUUUCAUAGAGAGGACUGGUGUAUAUAUCUUUUCAUUUCUAGUGAGGUUGCUACUUUCUUCGUUUGUUUUAAAUUUUAAAAUAUUAUCGUGAUCUAGAGCAGUAUUUUUAGCAUUAGGGGUAAAUAUUUACUUGGGCGGUAUUUCCGAAAAAAAAUGUUAAAAAUCCGAAAAUACCUUUAUUU